ACACAAUACAAGGGGUAGUAUAGAACAUAAAUUUACAAAUACAAUGAGUCUUGGAAAGGAACUUGAAAGUCAUGUUGUUGAAAAUGAAGAAAAUUUGAAAAUGGUGUUAGAGACAAAGGAAAUCUGUCUUCAAAAACUUAACAAGGAAAACGAUACUUUAAUAAGUGAAAAUAAGCGAUUGAAGAAAGAAAAGGCAACGCUAGAAAAAGAAAAGGACGACGCAUUAUCGAGAUUAAGUAAACUAGCAGGUCAAAAACUCACGGAUGGGAAUCCAGCCAUAACCGAUCUUGGAAAUCCAAACAGGCCUGCAAAAAUUGGAGAACGCUGGGCUUCAUUGUAUACUGAUGAAUGGAAAGAUGUCUACGAAAACCUAACUAAACAGCAUGAAAGACCGGGCAACAACAAUGAACUACCAGAAAAGCAACUGCUCAAGAUUGUUGAUUGGUGUUACAAGAGAUGUUUAGAAAUAGCAAAAGAACAAAAUUAUAAAAUCCAUGAAACCUUAUGGGAAGUCGUACGGUUCGUUCAUCUGCUCGGUAUAAAAUCGAAGGAGGACGAAAACAAUAAACAAAUUCAAGGUAACUUUGGUACUGAGGAUAAAACGUUGAUAGAAGCAAUGAAAUCCUUCGCGGAAAAUGUAAAGAUUAAACUCCAAUGUAGUACGACUUUAGUUGAGACUGUUAAGAAGAAAUGUUGUGAAGAAUAUAGUACAUCAAACCCAAAUUCGUUUGAAAGCGAAAAACAUUUAAUAAUGAAAUGUUCAGAACUGUGCUGGUAUAUACUUUUGUCGAAUCCACCAAUGGAGAUUGAGUAUGACAAUGUUGGAGAUCAACUUAUGGAUUCAAAUAAAUUCAAUAAGUAUAAUAGACCAGGUAUAACUGUUUGGCCAGCUCUACUUUUACAUAAGGAUGGCCCAGUUUUAACAAAGGGGACGGUGCAGACUAAUUAUGUGGAUAAAACAGCCGCUCGGAAAAAUUCUUCAGAAGACAUAUUUGCACCACAAAAAAAGUGUAAACCUAUAAAUCUGAGUGGUAACAAUGAUGCUACAGUUACGGCUCCACUUCAUACAAAUGACAUGCAUUUUUCUAAUGAAACUAAGAAUCAAGAUCAAGCAUUAAAUGUCUAUGAAGAACAAGGCAAUGCUAUUUCUGAUUCUUUGCAAAGCACUACCAAUGCACUUAAAGAUGAUUUCCAUAACAGUGGUGCCGGUUUAAAUAAUAAUGAUCCUAGCAAAACGGAGCACCCAACUGAUGAUGUAUCACAAAAUGAGUAUUCAAAAAUCGUAAACCAACUUUACACUAGUAAAGAAAAUAAAUCCAAUGGCGAUUCUAUAGAAAAAGUACCUGCAAAUACAGAUGACUCUGUUAUGUGUUUUACUGGUACCAAUACGUUGCCUCCCUUACAUUGUUGCAAUAUAAACCAAUCUGGCCUGAACAAAGAUGUUAAACCAGGAAGUAGCUUGAAAACGGAAGAUGCUGAAAAGAUUAAUCAAACUUAUAGUCGUCUGAGGGAAGACAGUGAAUCGAUUUAUAUUAAAGACAAGCAGGAACCAAAUAUAUUCAUCUUAGAUGAUAAAGAUAGCAGUGACAUACAGACAGGAACAAAUAUUAAUAACCUUGAAAAUAAAUUUGAAAACUCUACAGAUAAAUAUAUGCUACAUCAGUGUAGUCCCAUGAAUCAACACGAAAAUACAUUUUCAGAAGAAUGUCAUCACUCUCGCGUACGAUCAGAUAUGAAAUAUGGCGAAUUGCAUAUUUCUGGUAGAAAAGGUGGUCAGUCACAAAAUGAAAAAAGAGAGUUAGAUGACAGCAUAUAUCAGGAUGAUAAGUAUGAACGAUUAUAUUCAUUGGAAGGAGAUGAGAACAAUCCAACAAACUUAUGUGUUGAUGAUACGCGGGAUAAAUACGAAGCCGCUGGAUAAAAUCUAUCUAACAAUCCGAAUGGCAUCAACACUGACUCGCCAACUGAUUCUAAAGUUGAAACUAAAACAAAGUACUACUAUAAGCCAGAAAACGAAUUAAAGGGGCAUCCGAAACAUACAGGAACAUUUCAACGAGAACUAAACAAAGUAUGUGGAAAGUCAAAGCUUCCAAAAGACUGGGUCAAACCCCAAAAGUAAUCUACAACAUCACGAAAAAACUCAUCAAGCUAAUUGAUAUGAAUAUAUUCCUUUCUUGUUAUUGAUGAAAAUAUUCAAUUUGAUUAUUGAUCAAGGCUGUGAUAGUAAAUAAUUAUUACGUACAAUUAGCAUCUGGAAUUUUAAUUGGCUGAAAACAAUUGUGAGGCACUCCAACAUCUCAAAUAUCAUAUUAUAUUUCCGUAUAAAAUACGAAAUCUAUGACUGCACAUGCUAUCCGUGACAAUGUUAAAAAAAUGCACUGAAACAUAACACAAUAAUGUAAUUAUUAGAAU